CAUAUUUAUACCUCCAGGAUAACCACUUAUCAGAAUUACCAUAAAAAUAGUUUAAUUUUGUUAAUUUGUAUAUUUUAUUAGCUGUUAUGAGGUAUAUUAACGGUAAAUUGGAGCAUUGAAGAUUUGCUUUUUUGUUGAUUUUCUUCUUUUUUGACACAUCGGCCUGUGUUUUUUCUUGUUGACUGUCACUUGGAGAGAUGUUAAACUGUGUUCGAGAACAGUUGAAACACGAUGGCACAGGGAUGUCACAGAGUGUCGCAGUGUCGCUUGCGUAUUCCUGCGUCGAGUGUGACUACGACUGUAACACCGAUCUUGACCUGAGAAAUCACAUCAAGUCUCAUACGUUUCUGUACGAUUGCGAUUACACGACUUUCGAAGACGGUACGAGCGAAUCCUUCGGAGACGAUGCGACUAAAGCCAUCGCGUGCGGUCUGUGCGAUUACAGAUGCGACAGGCUACAGUCGAUGAACCGGCACAUGAAACUACAUCCGGGCGAGAAACUUUUGUCGUGCAAAUUCUGCGAGGUUACUUUCUCGGUACGACACGAUUUGAAAGAACACAUCAAGACGCACAAAGGCGAUAAAAGGUACGAGUGUUCGACGUGUAAUUACAAGUGUUCGCAAAGGAAAGAUUUAAAGAAACACAUUUUCACGCAUACGGGAGAGAAGCCGUAUUCCUGCAGCCUCUGCGAUUACAGAUGCUCGCGUCGGGAUGCCUUGACGCAACACAUGUUGGUCCAUACCGGCGAGAAGCGAUUCACCUGCGACUAUUGCGAAUACCGAUCCUGGCACAAGUGCAGCAUGCAAAAGCACAUGUUGAAACAUUCAGAUGAUAAGCCUUAUUCCUGUAAUUUAUGCGAUUACAGGAGUGUGCAUCCUUCUUAUAUCGAAAAACACAUGAUGACACACACAGGAGAGAAGCCGUUCUGCUGUUAUUUCUGUGAUUAUCGAUGUACGCGUCAGAACGACAUGCAGAAGCAUAUACUGAAUCAUACUGGCGAAAAGCCUUAUACGUGUACAGUCUGUGGUUAUAAAUGUUCGCAGAGGUCGUAUAUGAAAAAACACAUGGUGAUACACACAGGGGAGAAGCCGUUUUGCUGUCAGCUCUGCGAUUUCAGGUGUUCUUGGGAACGCAGUCUUAAGAUGCAUAUGGCGAGCCAUGCAGACUGGAAACCGUACAGUUGCGAUUUCUGCGAGUACCGUUGCCCGCAGCCGUCGCACCUCAAGGAACACUUGAAAACUCACACGGGCGAGAAGCCGUUCAGUUGCAGCUUCUGCGAUUACAAGAGCUCGAGACAGUCAACAUUGAACAUGCACGAAAAGAUACACUACAGCGAGAAGAACAUAGCUUGCGAUUUCUGUGAUUACAAGACGUUCAGACAGUACGAUUUUCAGAAACACCUACGAACGCACACAGGCGAGAAACCGUUUUCGUGCGACUUCUGUGAGUACAAGAGUGCAAGGAAAAAUUUACUUCAGAUGCACAUGGCAACGCACACUGGCGAGAAGCCGUUUGGCUGUUCGCACUGCGACUUUCGCACGUCGAACCGUUGGUACGUCAAAGAGCACAUGAAAAAGCACACGCAGAAGCUCCUUUGCAAUCUGUGCGACUACCAGUGCGCCCGGCAGAUCCACCUCAAGAAACACAUCGAAACGCAUAAAAACCGAGAGACCAUAGUCUGCAACCUCUGCCCUUAUAAAUGUUUGUCAAAACAACUUUUGAGAAAACACACCGACGAAACUCAUAAAACAGUCUCUGACCUACUUUUUAUUUACUUUUUUAAUUCCUUGUCAGAGUUUGCUUGUGUUAUAUUUUGUUUUUAUACUGAUGAUGUGUUUAUCUUAGGUUUUUUAUUGAUUUGUCUAAGGAUUAUGUUGAACUGUAUUAAGAAAGAAUUGGAAGAUGAUGAUGACACAGUUUGCCCUGCGUACUCUUGUGUCGAGUGUGAUUACAAAUGUUAUUCAGAUUUCGAACUGAGGAUUCAUAUUGAAGCGCAUGAUUCAGUUUUCUACUGCGACGACUGCGAUUACAAUACCAGUGUUCGAGACGAGUUCAAAAGGCAUAUCGCAAAUCAUGUUUUUUCAUGUAGCCUGUGCGAGUAUCAGUGUACGAGACGACAGUAUCUAAAACGUCAUAUGAUGCUCCAUAAAGGUGAAAAGACAUUUCUAUGUGGCUACUGCGAUUAUAAGUGUUUGCAGAGGAAGGAGUUAAAAAGGCACGUCUUAACGCAUACGGGCGAGAAGACUUUUUCAUGCGAUCUUUGCGAUUACAAGUCAUCUCGUCAGAACAACCUGCACAAGCAUAUUAUGACGCAUUCUGAUGAAAAGCCGUAUUCGUGCGGAUUCUGCGAUUACACAAGCUCGCAGCCUUAUUACGUCAAGAAGCACAUGGUGAAGCAUACAGGGGAGAAGCCGUUCUGUUGUUUUUUCUGUGAUUAUCGAUGCGUAAGGAAGAACGAUAUGCAAAAGCACGUUAGAACGCACACGGGCGAGAAGCCGUAUUCCUGUACACUCUGCGAUUACAGAAGCUCGCAGAUGUCUUAUGUAAAGAAACACAUGAUAAAACACACUGGUGAAAAGCCGUUCGGCUGCGAUAUAUGCGAUUAUCGUUGUUCGAGGCAAAACAGCCUCAAGAUACACCUCGUCAGUCAUACCGAGUGGAAACCGUACUCUUGCGAUCAGUGCGAUUACAGAUGCCCUUUGAAAUCCAAUUUAAACCAACACAUGAAAAUACACACCGGUGAGAAACCGUAUCACUGCGAUCACUGCGAUUAUAAAAGCUCGCAGAGUUCGACGUUGAAACAGCACGUCAAAAUACAUUCGGGCGUUAAGGACAUAUCGUGCGAGUUGUGCGAUUACAAGACUUUCCGUAGGUACGAUUUUCAAAAGCAUGUACGCACCCAUUCGGGCGAGAAGCCGUUCUCGUGUGAUGUAUGUGAGUACAAGAGCUCGAGGAAGUCUGUACUUAAGAACCACAUGCUCACCCACACCGGUGAGAAGCCGUUCUGCUGCUAUCUCUGUGACUACAGGUGCGCACAGCAGAACCACCUUAAAAAACACCUUGAAACACACUCGAGGCGUGAUUCUAUCAAUUGCGGCCUUUGCCCCUACAAAUGUUUGUCGAAACAACUUUUAAAAAAGCAUAGUGAUGAAGUUCACAAAACAUGAUUACCCAACUAGCUAUGUCAUUUUAUCCUUAAAUGUAUUUAUUAUUUAUUUUUAAAUAAAAUCUAUUGUCAAGUUAUAAAAUUAUU